AUGACAGUAAAUAAAAUGUUCUAUCGGAAACAAAACGUUCAAUGUUCAGCUACUAGUGCUAACAGUGUAAGAUUGACCAUCACCCAACAGUGUCCAGCUACUAGUGCUAACAUUGUAAGAUUGACCAUCACCCAACACUGUCCAGCUUCUAGUGCUAACAGUGUAAGAUUGACCAUCACCCAACACUGUCCAGCUACUAGUGCUAACAUUGUAAGAUUGACCAUCACCCAACACUGUCCAGCUUCUAGUGCUAACAGUGUAAGAUUGACCAUCACCCAACACUGUCCAGCUACUAGUGCUAACAUUGUAAGAUUGCCCAUCACCCAACACUGUCCAGCUUCUAGUGCUAACAGUGUAAGAUUGACCAUCACCCAACAAUGUCCAGCUUCUAGUGCUAACAGUGUAAGAUUGCCCAUCACCCAACACUGUCCAGAUACUAGUGCUAACAGUGUAAGAUUGACCAUCACCCAACACUGUUCAGCUACUAGUGCUAACAUUGUAAGAUUGACCAUGACCCAACACUGUUCAGCUACUAGUGCUAACAUUGUAAGAUUGACCAUCACCCAACACUGUUCAGCUACUAGUGCUAACAUUGUAAGAUUGACCAUCACCCAACACUGUCCAGCUUCUAGUGCUAACAGUGUAAGAUUGACCAUCACCCAACACUGUCCAGCUACUAGUGCUAACAUUGUAAGAUUGACCAUCACCCAACACUGUCCAGCUUCUAGUGCUAACAGUGUAAGAUUGACCAUCACCCAACACUGUCCAGCUACUAGUGCUAACAUUGUAAGAUUGCCCAUCACCCAACACUGUCCAGCUUCUAGUGCUAACAGUGUAAGAUUGACCAUCACCCAACAAUGUCCAGCUUCUAGUGCUAACAGUGUAAGAUUGCCCAUCACCCAACACUGUCCAGAUACUAGUGCUAACAGUGUAAGAUUGACCAUCACCCAACACUGUUCAGCUACUAGUGCUAACAUUGUAAGAUUGACCAUGACCCAACACUGUUCAGCUACUAGUGCUAACAUUGUAAGAUUGACCAUCACCCAACACUGUUCAGCUACUAGUGCUAACAUUGUAAGAUUGACCAUCACCCAACACUGUUCAGCUACUAGUGCUAACAGUGGAAGAUUGCCCAUCACCCAACAUUGUCCAGCUACUAGUGCUAACAGUGUAAGAUUGACCAUCACCCAACACUGUUCAGCUACUAGUGCUAACAGUGUAAGAUUGACCAUCACCCAACACUGUUCAGCUACUAGUGCUAACAGUGUAAGAUUGCCCAUCACCCAACAUUGUCCAGCUACUAGUGCUAACAGUGUAAGAUUGACCAUCACCCAACACUGUUCAGCUACUAGUGCUAACAGUGUAAGAUUGACCGUCACCCAACACUGUCCAGCUACUAGUGCUAACAUUGUAAGAUUGACCAUCACCCAACACUGUCCAGCUACUAGUGCUAACAUUGUAAGAUUGACCAUCACCAACACUGUUCAGCUACUAGUGCUAACAGUGUAA